CGACGUCGAGCUGGUGCCUGGCGGGAGUGCAAUUCCCGUCAACGACAGCAACAAGAGCGAGUUCGUGGAGCGCAAGUGGAAGUACCUGAUGGUGGAGAGUGUGGAGCAGCAACUGCAGGUUUUCCUGCAAGGUCUGUACGAGGUCGUUCCUCGCGAGUUGCUGCUGCUUUUCGACCCGGAGGAGUUCGAUUUCCUGCUGUGUGGCUCCAACGAGAUCGACGUGGACGACUGGGAGCGCAACACCAAACACUCGAAAGUGCUGUACCACCACCGGUCGCUCAAAUGGUUCUGGGAGCUGGUGCGCGAGAUGCCGGACGAGUACCGACGCCGCCUGCUGCAGUUCGCCACGGGCUCGUCGCGCGUGCCGCUGGGCGGCUUCAGCGCGUUGACGAGCUACGAUGGUCGCUUGUGCCCGUUCACGCUCAAUGCCGUGCCGCUGGUUGGCGACGGCUUCAUCCACAGCCACGCGUGCUUCAAUCGGCUGGACCUGCCGCUGCAUGUGGUGCGAGACGAGCUGAAGGCGGUGCUGUACGCCAUGCUGAACACGGAAGUGUACGGCUUCACGACGGACUGACAACCUCUUGAAACGAGCAUGAAAGUAAUGAAGACGCCGCUGCGGGUUGAGGUGCAAGUGCUUGAUGACCAGCGCGGCGGCGUCGGGUAAUCGGAGCGCGAGCAUUAUUUUCGGUGUACAGUUCAGGCUUUGCACACUCAUCCAGCUGUACCGCCAUUUGACGACCCCAAAAGUAUACGCUCCACUUCCUGUUAACCUUUCUACUUAUAUGCAACCGCUAUCUAUGGCAAAUACUUCUGCGGCGAGCGAAUCAGAAUGACGGUAGCUGUUGCUCGACAGAUGGACGCCAAGUGGACCUUGCACUCUCGGAUUCGACCGCAAGCGCCCAUGGAGGCCGUGCUGGGCUUCCUCGCGGUGCUCGCCAUCGUAGCGCUGCUCUUCUUCUGUCUGUCCAUGCUGGCGAGACGCGCCUACAUGCGGCGCCAGCGGUCCCUCGAGCUGCACGCCCCGCUGCUCAAGUGCGUCACAACUUUCUCCCUCGAAUCGGUCGGUGCAUUUGUCGUGGUAGAGAGAAGACUGACGUUGUAGCCUAUUGUACUGCACCACGCAGCUCUGAAGACCGUCGGCUGGACGCAGCGCUGAGAGACGCAGAGGAGGGGUUCAACGUUUGUGCGGUCUGCGGCUUCGAGAACUUUAAGCGCUUCAAGUUCUGCACCGUGUGCGGGGAGGCGGUCGUCGUCAGCGGCGAGCAGCAAGACGGAGGUAGUGGAGACACGGCAGGCAAGAAGCGGUUGUCCACGCGGCUGUCGCUGUUACCACUGUUCAAGCGCGAGAGCAGGGUGGAGCUGGUCACGGCGACACACUCGGUGCAGACUAGUCGUCGUCAUGCGCGUGCUCAACGGAGGAAGGAGUGGACGAGGAAAGUGGACGUCGAAGGACGAGCGUAUUGGUUUCGCGACGGCCGAUGGGGUGAUACUCAGUUUACAGGUUUUGUGGUCAAGUUUUUGGCCACGGAAGCUGUGGAAUUGACAGUGGCUCGAACGUCAGCAGAGGAUGAGAAUUCUGUGUCGGAAGAGCAGGCUAAUGCUGCUUUAGGCGAAGAGGCAUCGUCUAGAUCCUUAUCUCCACCGUCAGUCCCGGCGGUCGAGCGUGCAGCGGACACCUUGAUGCAUGGGGAAGCCGAGUCCUCUGCUAGUUCAGACAUCCCAGAACCAGAACCAGAGCAAGAACAUGUUACUACGGAGAAUGCAGCUGGCCGAGAGCAAGCACAGUCUUUACUGGGAUCGGUUGAAGAAUGCAUUGCGAGCUUGGUACGGGACACCCAGGCACGGCGCGCUAUGCUCGCUGCGGCGUCUGAUAAAUUGAUGGAUGCCUCGAAGCUCCCCCUCGACAGUGAAUUCGGUGUUGACGCCGAACGGAUCAACACACAGGGCGAGACGUCAAGACCACCAGCGUCGCCGCCUCUGCCUGAGACGAUGGCACUCGCUGCCAGAGAUUUCCCGUCAAAGUACGCGCAUUUCGUCACCGCAACGUCUGCGCUUUUAGUCCCGGCUGAGCGGGAGCAUUUGCGCUUAAACGUGGAGCGGGCUAACGUCUUCGAAGACUCGAUGGAGUCGCUCGCAAUUAUCCCACGCAAGAAUGUGCACUCUGUACUGCGCAUCAACUUCCUCGAUGAGAGCGGUGUUGAUGCUGGAGGACUCCAUCGUGAGUGGUUCGUGCUGCUGAACGAAAUGCUCGUGGACCCUUCCCGUGGGUUGUUCAACUGCACCAACAAGAGCGAGCAAACGUAUUACCUGAGUCCGUGCUCAAAUGCGAACCUCUUGCCAGAUCAGCUACUACAUCUCUAUGCGGUCGGUCGGCUGCUGGGUCGCGCACUAUUGGAAGGCUCGAUGAUGUGUUUCCACCUGGCGCCUCCUCUGCUGAAGCUGAUGCUGGGCUACCCACUCACCUUUUCAGACUUGGAAGACUUCGACCCCGAAGUAUACGAGAACCUGCGAUGGCUACUUGAAAACGAGAACGCAGACGCGCUUGGGCUCGAUUUCGCUGUGACUGUCAAGGACGGGGACUGUUACCGUGAUAUCGAACUGGUGCCAGGGGGUGAUGCCAUCCCCGUCACGGAUAGCAAUAAACGCGACUACGUCGAGCGGAAGUGGCAGUACUUGAUGGUGGAGAGUGUGGGGCCGCAACUACAGGCGUUUCUUCGUGGCCUGUACGAAAUUAUUCCACGAGAUCUGCUCUUGCUGUUCGAUCCUGAAGAGUUCAACUUCCUUCUAUGUGGCUCCGAUGAGAUCGACGUUGAUGACUGGGAGCGCAACACCAAGUACUCGGAAGACCUGCACAACCAUCGAGCGCUCAAGUGGUUCUGGGAACUUGUACGCGAAAUGCCCAACGAGUAUCGACGCCGCCUGCUUCAGUUCUCGACGGGAUCAUCGCGUGUACCGCUGGGUGGAUUUGGGGCGUUGAUGAGCUAUGACGGCCGCCUCUGCCCGUUCACAUUGAAAGGAGUGUCGCUAGUGGGCGAUGGCUUCAUCCACAGCCACGCGUGCUUCAACCGCUUGGAUCUGCCACUUCACGUCGUGCGUAAUGAAUUGAAGGCAGUGCUGUACGCGGUGCUGGAGACGGAGGUGUAUGGAUUCACCACAGACUGAUGAAGCCUUAUGCCCCAUGCCCGGCCCCGGUCUAGUCUGAGCUUGUACAGAAGAGAGAGAGCACUUAACCUUAAUUUACUUGUCCAUUUCUGUCGUCAUGGAGCUGUUGGACUCGUGGAUGCAUGCUGCAGCGGAUAACGACGUCGCUGCUCUAAGCACACUGUUCACCGACAACCCGACACUGCUGGACGAACGUCAUCCUCACUCCGGCCGCACAGCUCUUCAGCAUGCGUCUGCAUGGGAUGCGCACGAUGCUGUUGAUUUCCUCCUUCGGUGAGCUUUCGUGCACUUUGCUCCCGUCCUACGACUCACGGCAACUAACCUCGGUGUCAUUAGACAGGGGGCGGGCGUCCUCGUGGCUGAUGCCGAUGGGAACUCGGUUCUGCAUCUUGCCACGGCGUCUAACGCGCUAACCUCGCUGAAGAUCAUCCUGAGGCAUCUUCACCAGUCUGCUCACCUCGAGAAGGAAUGGACCUGGUCUCUGGUCAAUCAACGCAACCGCUUCGGAUACACCGCCUUGUUGAUCGGAGGGGAGGAAGGAUUCGCCGACUGCUGCGCCGCACUGAUUGGUGACGGUGGUGCUGACGCAGCUCUUCCACUCCUGGAAGCGCCAUACCCCACAGCAAUAGACCUCGCACUGCGAAGCAACCGCCAUGCCAUCGUCGAGAUGCUUCGUCGGCUGCAGCAACACCAAACGCAGUGAAGUAAACGCAAGUAAAUCACUGCAGGCAGUGAACCUUGGGGCUUUAAUUUAUGCGAAAGUAGAUCUCCUGCAAUUGUGGAUCCAGCUUCGCCAGGGCUUCCUGCAGAAAAAUCUCCACGCUCUCGCCUUGUAAGGAUAGCGUCGCAACUCGGACUGCAAACUCGCGCUCCCCUGCAACAAGUCCAUGCAUCGACAGUUAGUACGCGCCUUACGAUAACGAAGCGGUUGGAUACGGUUGAGAAUCGUACAAGGCUGCAGAA